CGGCGCAGGAGUCGCGAGAGCCGGGACAGGCCAGUCGCGCCCCGAUCGUCGCACGAGGAGCACGUGUGACCGCGAGUGACCGACAGUGCGAUGAAGUGCGUGAUCCUUGCCGGGUUCCUGAUGACCCUACUGGGUCAUGGAUGUGGAAACGUACUAAGAUGUUCGUUGGAAGGAACAGACGCCGCUUGCUCCAAUGACGACGAAAAAGUCCAAUCUCCCGUGGAGGUGGAAGAAAAGCCAGAGCGGCAGACGGAGUGCCUGGCUGGUAGCGAGUGGGAGAGCAACUGCCACUACUGCCGCUGCGCCGACUCAGGAGUCGCCGAGUGCUUGAAGCAGGAGGCCUGUGAUUCUGGUGUCUUCUCGGAACCGAUCAACUGCAAGCCAAACACGACCUUCGAGCGCGAGUGCAACACCUGCGUCUGCCUCGAGAAUGGCUUGGCGCUGUGCACCAUCCAGUACUGCCGGAGAUCAGCUGCCCCAAAGAAGUCCGAGCUGCCAACAGGCAAAGAAUGCGCACCAGGAUCAACAUGGCGCAGCAGAUGCAACGACUGCAAAUGCAUUGCGUCCGGCUACGCUGCAUGCACUGAGGCGGCAUGUGUGGAACAGGACGCAAAGCCCGAGAUCCGUUGCGCGCCCAACACGAUGUGGCAGAACGACUGCAAUACUUGCUGGUGUAGCGCCGAGGGCCGCGCCAUGUGCACCAAGGUCGGCUGCGUCUCCUUCGCCGAUGUAAAAGUUGAAGAAAUUGCUGAUGAUCAGGACUUCAUUAGUGAAUCGUCAUUUCAGCUCCCAAAAGCCAAGACCAUCAACGGCACCUGCAAGGCCAAAGCGAUGUUCAUCAAGGACUGCAACGUGUGCUGGUGCAACGACGAUGGCACCGGCUACUACUGCACUAGGCGAGUGUGCGUCAACGAGCUGCCAGAAGAACCAAUUGUGGAAGAAAAACCUGAGGAGCUAAGGAUAUUAAAGAAGGAAUGCCGCCCAUACGAGGUGUUCGAGCUGGAUUGCAACAUGUGCCGAUGCAACGCUGAUGGGAAGUCGUUCUCCUGCACGAGGAGACUCUGCCCUGAUGCUGAAGAUUCUAAGAACACAUCACUCGUCAGAACAGCCAGAGCAGCUCAGGAGGCGCCUUAUAAAGCCUGCCAGCCUGGGCAGGAAUUCCGGCUGGACUGCAACAAGUGCCUCUGCGACAACUCCGGGCAAGACUUCUCGUGCACGCGGAUCGACUGCAACGCUCCUAACAACGAUGGGGCCAGGACUAAGAGAGAAACUUCCAACUUAGUGGAGGUGUCAGCGGAGUGCACAGCAGGCAGCACCUUCGAGCAGGGCUGCAACACGUGCAAGUGUACUGCCGACGGCCGCCACGCCAUGUGCACCAACAAGAAGUGUGUGCAGGAGAACCAGAUCAGCACCGAUGUUCACGGCUCUGACGCCGCUGACCCUGGUUUCCGCUGCAACCCCGGCGAGCAGUUCAAGAAGGACUGCAACGACUGCACCUGCUCCGCCGACGGCCGAAGCACCUUCUGCACCCUCCGCCUUUGCGACCAAGACAUCACCUCCGGCCUCUAAACCAGCUGUUGCCACCUUGACAUCAACGAGACAGGGAAUCUCAAUCUGUUCUGACAGAAAUUAUAUUGUCUGACCAGUUCCAAAAGUCAUUAAAAAUUUUGAACACGUUUAAAUAGCAGAAUUUUCAUUUAUAACCAUCAUGAUAAAAGAAGAAUUGAAAAAUCAAAUUAUUAAAUACCUGGAUAUCGUUAUAUCGAGCAUAGAUCGGGAAGACAAAAAUGUCAAUUUUGUUUACGGACGAUGAACUUUUUCCAAUUGAAAAUGUAGACGUUUUGAACCAAUUUUUAGACAGAAAUUAUCCAAGAUUUUGAUAUUCUAUCAAGGUGGUACUCAAGCCCAAACUUGGGAAGAUUUGGAAAUGGUGUAGAAAAACAUUUCGUAUUUGCCGAAGUGAUGAGUGUUUAAGUAUUUGUGACUAUUUUUACUUAGUUUUAGUGAGUGAGUGAGACAAUAAAAAA